UCACUCGGGCGACCUGCAUUAAUCGGGCCCUCGGGUGAUCCGGAUGAUAUCACCAGGGAUGAUGAUUUUCUGCAUUCAUGGAAUGGGCUUAUAAAACGGCAAUUAUUUUUAAAAAUUUCGGCCUGA